CGAUAUCAAUGGAUACAUUCAAAUAGGGGGAAAUAAGUGUUAUAUACCCCUUUAAUAAGAUCUUAUAUAUAUUUCAUGACAAAAUGAGUGCAUCACGUAUUUUAAAGUGAAACUAAGAUCCGAUGAAACCGAAACUACAUGUCAAAUAGAUUGUGCGUGCCUCCAGUCAGCUUUGGAUAUUUGUUGCCAGUGGUAGUAGCUGUCUUUGUACAUGGGUCAAUAUUCUAUUUGUUAUGGAAUUCAUCGGAACAAAAUACCUUUGGAUCACAAUCUGUCUGCAUCCGUAGCAUUCUUGAUGGCGAAGAAUACUGUCGGCCAUCAUGUGAGUUUGGACAUUUCAGUCUGUAUGGUAUGAAACAGUGUCAUCCCUGGUUGACCUGUGAGAGUCUGCAGGAUGUUAACAUAGUAAGAACAAUUGGUGGAGGACUGGUAAAAAAGGUUUACCUUGCAAGAUGGAGGAAUUUUAAUGUAGCCUACAGUCAACUCACAGCAUCACAUUACAGGAGAGACUUUCAACAAGGUAUAAAAAUUCUGAAACAUUUUCAUGGAAGACCAAAAAUGAUACAGCUAAUUGGACUCUGUGAUGACAUCAUGAUUACAGAAUUUCAUUCACUUGGUGAGGCUACCAAGUUCAGCUUACAUCUAAAUACAUUCCCUGAGAGGAACACUAUUUUCCAAAGAUUCCUUUUCUGUAUUGACUAUGUAGAAAUUCUUUCUGAGCUGCACUCUUCCACAGAAAAUGUGACGUAUGUCAUGUGUGAUACAAACAGUUUGAAUAAAGUAUUCACUCAGUAUUUGCUGUCUGAAGACAUGCGAUUGGUGUUGAAUGAUGUGGAUUCUGUAGCAGAGGUAACCAAAGUGGAUGGGAAGUGGAGAGGGAUCAAAUGUGGAAAAUAUGAACUAGAUGGUGAGUUUGUGGCACCAGAACAACGGUGGGGCUUUGAAGCAGACUACGAUGACAAUGAAAUGAAGGCUUAUGAUGAGAAAACAGACAUUUGGAAAAUUCCUAGUGUGUGUAAUUAUUUUCUUGGCAACAGUGCUGAAGCAACAAGUAUUCAGAUGAGAUUAUUAGAUAUUCAUAUGGCAUGCAAACAUUUAAAUUCUGAAGCAAGACCCACUGCUCAGCUCAUUUUAAGGACAUACAGAAAUGUGUUAAAUCAAGUCUUUCAAAUAAAUGAAGAAAAGUAAUAAAAAAAAA